UGAUCUCCAUGCUUGUCUUACCUCGUCACGACACGAGGUCGUCAUCACUGUCGCCGUCUGCAGCCGUUUCGGUUUAAGGCCAGCUGCAGGCGCCUCACCCAUGCUUCGCAUCGCCCCUGACGCUGUGCGCGGUCAUGGCCGACAUCUUCUUCUCCGUAGACAACCUUGACCACACCAGGCUGGAGAACGACGCCAGCCUGGCGGGCCGCUUCCGCGAGGAAAUCAGCCGCACGCUCGCCUCCAGGGCGAUCAGUCCCGAGCGCAUCUCGGUGCGCCGGGUGGGCGACGCUAGCUUGCAGCGGCAGGCGGCGCAGCUCGCCCACGACCAGGCGCUCGCGGCGCGGCUGGGCCACGAGUCUGCCGACGGGCUGGCGACCCUGCUGCGCGAGCGCUUGCUGCGCGAGCGCUUGGCGAGCCUGGAGGGCAUCCAGAACCACUGCAGCGGCCCCAUCUCCGUCAGCGGCGUCAAGGUGUCGGCCAAGGGCGUCGGAGGCCCCGGCCGCCCCGCGGCUCCGUCCUCGGCCUCCGCUGCGCUCGCGGCGACGCUCGCCCGGGCAGACCCGCGCGGCGAGCCGGGCAGCUCUCGCCACGACGCCCUGCGCGGCAGCGCUGACGCCCAGACCCCUGGCCGCCGGCCGCAGGGCGAGCGAGUGCGGAGCGUGCCUCGCCCAGGCGACCGCGUCGCCGCAGGCCACGAGGACGGCGAGGGGCAGCAGCACCGCGGGGUUGCAUCCGGCGGCGGCGUCCGCGGGCACGCAGGCGUUGCUGGCGCCGGCGAGCGGCGAUCCGACGGCCACGUCGACGCAGGCCGCGAGGAAGGCGAGGGUCAGCAGCACCGCGGUGUUUCAUCCAGCGGCGGAGUCAGCGGGCCCAGCUACGCCUAUCAGCACGCAGGCUUUGCUGGCGCUGGCGAGCCGCGAUCCGAUGGCCACGUCGACGCAGGCCGCGAGGACCGCGAGGGUCAGCAGCACAACCAGGUUGCAGCCGGCGGCGGAGCCAGUGGCCCAAGCUACUCCUACCAGCACGCAGGCUUUGCUGGCGCUGGCGAGCAGCGAUCCGAUGGCCGCGUUGACGCAGGCCAUGAGGACCGCGAGGGUCAGCAGCACAACCAGGUUGCAGCCGGCGGCGGAGCCAGUGGCCCAAGCUACGCCUACCAGCACGCAGGCUUUACUGGCGCUGGCGAGCAGCGACCCGACGGCCGCGUUGACGCAGGCCAUGAGGACCGCGAGGGUCAGCAGCACAACCAGGUUGCAGCCGGCGGCGGAGCCAGAGGCCCAAGCUACGCCUACCAGCACGCACAGGCUUGACUGGAGUGGCGAGCCGCGAUCCGAUGGCCUCGUCGACGCAGGUUGCAGCCGGCGGCGGAGCCAGCGACCCAAGCCAC